AUGGAAACUACUACUACGAAGAAAAAGGGACCUCGUGAUCAGUCUAAUUGGGUUCAUUUACCCAGCAUAGACAUGGGUUACCGUGGUAAACCCAAAGUCAACUCUUUGUCUAACGCACGCUAUCAACCUAAACAGAGCUACAAGGAGAUUCCUUCAUUCCCUGUCAUUUGGAAAAGUGAAGCAAAAGUCGGGUCAGUUGAUCGUGACCACAUAGAACAAAUUAAAAAAAAGCCAAAACAAUGGAAUAGCGACCAGCACACAAAGACAAUCAUCCUUCCUAAAAGCCAUGUCAGCAGAGUCAAAGAAAAGUGGGAGGGAGCUAAGGAAAACUCAAAAACAGGAAAACUUGAAAUUCCAGUAACACCAAAGAAAUUUGUGGGGAAACCUAAAGUUGGAUCACUACAGAAUGCUGGGUACAGACCUGGUGGAGGAAAUGUGGAAAUUUCUGACGAGAAACCACAGUGGGAUUCAAGCUCCAAGGUGGGUUCUCUUUUAAAUAUUCACUAUAUGCCAAAAAAUGGAUAUGUGGAAAUUGUCAAUAAAAAAUUCGACUGGAAUGUUGAGGCAAAAGUUGGCUCAUUUGAUAACAUUGGUUAUGUACCAACCAAAAAACGAAAGAAGACCAUUGAACACCCCAUUCAUUGGCAGGCAUCAUCAAAGGUGGGUUCCCUUGACAAUAAAUACUAUCAGCCAGGGGGAGGAAAUGUGCAGGUACAGACUGAAAACAAAAAAUGGAUAGCCCAAUCAAAAGUGGGUUCUUUUGACAACAGGGGAUAUCACCCAGGAGGUGGAAAUGUCACAUACAAGACAAUACCACCUAAUUGGAAAGCUGAACCAAAGGUCGGCUCACUGCACAAUAUGACUCAUAAACCAAAGGGUGGCAACAAGGUUUAUCAAACUGAAGAACUUGUCUGGAAUGCAACCGCGAAAGUUGGAUCUCUUGUUAAUAAGCAUUAUCAAUCUGGGGGAGGCAAUGUAGCCUACAAUACAGAGGAACUGGACUGGAAAGCUUCACCUAAAGUGGGUUCACUUGUAAACAAAAAGCAUCAACCAGGAGGAGGUAAUGUAGAAUAUCCCACCGAGGAGCUAAACUGGAACGCUGAACCAAAAGUUGGUUCACUACUCAACCAAAAUCACCAGGCAGGCGGAGGAAAUGUUCAACUAGUACCUAAUAAACUGCCAUGGAUUGAAAUAUUGGAAAUGGAUUCCUCAGAACCCGGCCAGAAUUCUGAACAAACACAGACCUUCCAGACAAAGGAUACAAAAAUUUCAUCUGACGAGGAACUGGCUGAAAACAUGUCUGAUGAUCAGGUGCAGGAUGGUCAUUACAGUGUUGACCAGACCCCCACUCUGGUCCAACAACAGGAAAGUUCAGGAUUAAAUGAUUAA